CCACUCUUCUCCCUUCUAUCUCUAUCUCUUAACAUAACAUUCUCUCCUCUUUGCCUUUCUCUCUGUUUAUUGGAUAAACUUCAAACCCUUUCUUUUGUUUCCUCUUUUUUCCUCUCUCGCCGUUUCUUCUAAUCCCAAAUUCUUCACGUCCCUUUUCUCUCCCCCUUCGUUUACCCUCUGUUUUUUUUUUUUUUGCCUUUUUCUCAAUCCACUCGUUCCAAGAUUAUGUGUUGUGCCUGCUGCUAUGGUUGUGAAGCUCCUUUUCUGGUGGAUUAUUAUUGGUUGAAAGCAGAAAAUGUUUGCUGCCUUUUCUUUUGACAUCUGAUAUCAAUGGCAGCUGACCAACGGAGAAAACGACUGAAUGGUGCAAGCAUUGCUGGCUGCAAUUCUUGGGACCAAUACAGAACCAAAAAGAAAAAACUAGAGUCUCCAAGAAAUGAUCUAAACACAAAAUGUUGUAUUUCCCUUGAGUGGGACGGGAACCAAAAAAAAGUUGUUGCCAAAAGGGAACAAAUUGGCAUAAGUUGGCGGCAUUUAAGACCAUUUACAGAUUCCACAGUACAUUACCACAAAGUCUUGGCAGAUGUUUUGACUCUUCCUCAUGAAAUUUUUGACUUAGAGAACUUGAAAAGGGUGCUUUCGUAUCAGGUUUGGCAGACUCAUCUGUCUGAAAAUGAGAGAAAUCUUCUGAUGCAGUUUCUUCCCACAGGGAUAGACAAAGAGCAGACUCUGCGAGCAUUAUUUUCUGGAGAUAACUUUCACUUCGGAAAUCAUUUUCUUAAAUGGGGUGCAUCACUUUGUUCGGGUCAUCUUCACCCUGAUAAAGUUAUUAAGGAGGAACGGCGUUUGAAGGCCGAGAAGAAAGCUUACUACUCAGAGUUACAGGACUACCAUAAUGAUACCAUAGAUUAUCUGCAAAAACUGAAGGAAAAAUGGGAAAGCUGCAAAGACCCAGAACAAGAAAUUGUGCAGAAGUUAUGGAGGUCAAAAAGGGUUGGUAAGAAAAGGGUUUUCUCACAUUCGAAUGAAUCUAGGCUUGGCAACGUUGAGCAAGAUGUUACAGCGACUUCUGAAUCUUCUUCUUGGGUUGCAGAUGAGAAAGCAUGCAGUAGUGAUAACCAGAACUCUUCUGCUCUGAAGGAUGGAAAGAUACAAAGAAGUAUGUACAAGAAAAGGAUCAUCAAGGACAAAGGUGAAAUGCUCUUGACUGCACCAGAUUAUUCACCGACUGUGGAAGCAAGACCCAAAAAAGGUGACAAGAUACGCAAGCACAAUAUUCAGCACUGUGAUGGUGCUAAAUACAUGUCAUGUUUUAAGAUAAGCAAGAAGCAACAUGAUCUUUUUAAGAAUAUGGAACAGUCUGGUAAAAGCAUUCAAUCUAGGUCUCUCACCCGUGUUUUAGGUGACAUCGAUACCUUGCAUGUGCAACCAUAUGAGGUAUUCGUGGAAGAAGAACAGAGAAGGUUGCAUGAACAUUGGUUGAGACUGGUAAAGGAAGACCUCCCUGCAUCAUAUGCAAACUGGAGAGAGAUACAGUCGCAGAAAUGGAAAAUAACCAGGUCGUUGGAGCAAGAGAUGAAAGAGAAACUAGUUACGCUGCUGGAGGAUGAAGAGGAUGAAGAUACAUUGGUCCAGAAUCAGGAAGACAAUGUUGUUACAAAUUUGCCUGUUCUAGAUGUAGAGGAAGAGAAUCCUGAGAAGUUGCUCGAAUAUCAAAAGGAUACUGAAGCAAUAGAAAGUGAGUCCAGCAUGGAAGAUGGGGAGUCUAGUCUGGCCUUACCACAGAAUCAGUCUCCACAGCAGAUUUCUUCUAUUGAUAGUGGCCGGUUGUGCAAUUAUGCGGAGUCUGAAAACAAUGAGAACCUCUCAAAAUCAGAUGUUGCAUCUUCAAAUGUAUCCGAGCACUCAGACAAUUUGAACACUGCUGAUGCAACUGUUAGUCAGGAAGUUCCCGUCUCUUCUGCUGAAAUUGUUUGGCCAGCAGAUAGCAUGCCACACUCUUACCAUGAUUCUACUGCUGGCCACAAAUGCACAUCUACCAGUGGAUUGCCAUUUAUUCAUCAAGACAAUGAAGACCAACAGAACCGAAUGAUUGAUCUGGAAUCAGACUCGCACAAAGAAAGUACUGGAAAGGAUUUGUUGCAUAGACUUUCUGAAGAUGGUUCCUUUAGUUAUACAAAUCAGGACCGAAAUGAGAUGCUUCAAUCUUUCUUCAAAGAUCAGGGAGUGCCGCCAUAUCAUAUUGAGCAGAAACAGGCAGGGCUAGAUUUCCAGCCCCCAAAAAAUCUAUUGAUGGGAGAUGGUCAUUUUAAUGGGCAAUUUCAGGAGCAGUUGCAGUCAUCAUUGCUGUUAGAGGAGAGGCAAAAGAGGCAGAAUGAGGUUUAUAUGGGACAGAACAUGCCACAAAAUAUUUACUCCACUGGGGGUAGGUACUUGUCACUGAGGCAAGAACACCUGCCUUCAGAAAAUAUGCAAGAUUGGGCAGUCACUCCUGCCCGCGUGCCAGCGCCUUUCCAACAUCCGUUGAACAGUAGAGAACUGUUUAGUCAAAACUGGUUUACUGGAGAGCAUCAAGUUCCAGUUCGUGGUGGAUGGGCUGGUUCAGAUGGUUUUAGUGGCCAAAGUCAGAGUAUCAUGGGUGCAAGCAAUGCAGAUCAGAGCUUUUUUGGUGUUCUAUCUCACUGUAACCAAUUUCAUUCGAGCAGCCCUUAUGAAUCAAUGGGCUCUACCGGGCAGUUCAUUCCACAGAGGAACAAUGGAAUGGUGAGGGGGGGCCCUUCUGGAAUAAUUGGAAAUAGUAUGCAGCAAGCUGCUCUUCCGUUCGAUUAUUUAGGUACUUGUGAUACAACUUCCUCAUUGAUGGCUGCUGAUGAUUCAGGAUGGAUGAACAUACAACAUCAGAAUCCUGCUUUGCAUGAUCCAAUGGGGAAACCAUAUUUAAGGUCAUGGAAAGGGUCCUUUUUUUAAUUUUGUUUGUGGAGUGGAAGGCCUAAAGUUCAUCAUUCAUGAACUGGCUUGGAUGAUUGCGAGAUAUGCUGAACAAAUACUUCAUGUGAUUGGUGGUUCGUUCCUAUAAUUAUUUUUAGAGGGAUGGUAGAGAAAUCGACUUUCUAGGUUACAAGAUUCCAAAGAUAGGUCUCUGUACAUACCUAUACAAAGAGCCAACUGAACUCAACACAAAACAAACACAAACUAUUAGGUGGGAUGGUGGGAGGUAAGUCGUGACUUAUGAAGGAUGAAAAAACCCUGGCAUGGCAUCUCAUAUUUGGUAGAUUUACAUAUCACAACUUAGGUUUCUUUUUCUUUUUCUUUUUUUUAUAUUCCCUCUUUUGAUCCCAUUGACUAUAUCAAGUACAUUCAAUAAUGUUGGAGGCUUUAAUUACAGCUGCUUCUUUGUCUCUUAGUUGAAUAAUGUGUUUCUAUGGUGUUGUGGAUUUGGUAACAGUACAAGAGAAUGACAAGGACUUUGUAUUUAAAUAUUUACAAAGAAUUUCAAAGUGUGAAACAAAUAGUCACUGCCA